GCGGAGACACCGCGAUCGUAUGUUGUAGAGACUCAAUCUGGGUCGUCCCUGAGACGAAACCGCAGAAGCUUGUGCAAGCUUAGCCCAGAUAUUGAGCAGGAUUUCGUCGAGAAACCGCCAGAUCGCGAAGUACAUGUGAACACCCCGCAAGCAGUUGCGCAUCCCAACUCUGGACAGUUAGUUCGUGAACAGGACAUUCCAUCCCGUGAACUGAACUUCAACCGCCACGAGGACAGUAUCAGUGAAAGUACUGAUGGACAGCUCAAGCCUAGCCAGUAUGUGACUAGGUCAGGCAGAGUGUCCAAACCAUGUGAGAAGCUAGACCUGUGAACAAUCUGUUUAGCCAGAUAGGGUUAAUGUGAGAAUAGUGUUCAAAAGGAGAGUUAAUGUGUUUAAAACGAUAAAGUGUCGAUGCGUUAAUGUGGUUACAUAGCAAUUGUUGCGGUAUUAUAUAAUCUUUGUCAGGAAUGAUCUUUGGAUAAUUUGGACUGUAUGGGAAUUAAUAUCUGCAAGAGCUGCAUUAUUAGUUUUAUUUUCAUCUCAAAGGGGGAUGUUGUAUUAUCUGUUCUUGUGUCAACAAGUUAUCAGCACUGGCAUGUGCUGCCACCUAUGGAGGUUGGGAGGAACUAAAUAAACAUGACUGGUUUCUGUUAACUCAAGGCUUUCGUCCUACUCAUUAUUUGUGUCUAAUUAACGCCCACAAGAUAAACCUCCUGUCUCAACAGUUAACUGUUGAAAUCGGUUUAAAUUAUGGUAUAUAAAAACUGCCUGUAACAGACCGAUAGUGUUCCCUACUCACUAUUUAAUAUGCUGAAUCAUAUGCAUCUAUAAUUUGACCCUCACACAGUAGUUUUAUCAGCCUGCACUCUGCAUUACCACUUGAUAUUUUAUCAUAUAUAGUUUAGUUACAUUGAGUUUCAGGGAGUCUCUGUUGCCAGCAUGUUUUCUUUUGUUACAUCACUUCAUGAUGUUGUAACAUGUGUUUUGCACGUGUUACAUGAAUUAGUCAGCGAGGCUAGACUAGGGUUGUUUGGUGACCAGUUAGUCUGUGUAGACGCAGCGCCGCGCAUCUUGGGCGGCUGCAUUGAUGUUACAAGGAAUUGGAUAAUCGGGGUUUAGGUUAGGCAGUUUCGAGGGUCAUUGUGAAAUGGGGGUAGGACGCGGUCUGGGAGAAUGUGUACAUGUGCGUGCAGGAUGUUCGUAGGAGUUUUUUGGGGGGAUAUAUAUGACAGAGAGGUAAUAGUCGGGGCAGGCUGGUUCUGGUCGCCAGAGAAAGCACACGCGCGUGCCAUGCGCGUGUGCGUGGUUUUGUGUCUCUUUGUGCGAUGUGUUUACACUGUAUGAGUUAUUAAAGAUUAUUCCGAUUACAACGCAAGUUUGGUUUUAUGUCAUCAUUCCUGUUUACAAUGUGUUUUUGCAACAUAUAUGUAAUCACAUGCUUCUAAUAAUCUGUACUUUCUCCCUGACAGAAUGCGAAAGUAGUGCCUACAUUAUAUCUACUGCCAUGUUCGGGACACAUUAUCCACGGAGAUUUCACUCAUUUUAGUACAGACAUAUAUCCGAAUGUUCACUAGUGUCGAUGGGUGAGCAGUGUGAUGGAGAUCAGGCUGCAGCAUUGCGUGUUGACCUGUGCCAGUCUUACGUGGACUUUGCAAGAUAUGCCAAGCCAAAACAGCAAGAGGAAGAAAUAAAAGAAGAGCUGGUUGAACUUGCAUUCAAGUUUCUGGCACUAGCUCCGGAUUCGGUCAAAUUUUCAAUGCAGGGCUUUAGUGAUAUGCUACUGCGAAGCAUUAAAGACAAAGAUGAUACGUUCUCUUUUGGCAAGGCAGCAAUCGCCUUCUCCCAUCUUGAAAAAAUUGCUCUUAACCUUUUCCGCUAUCCUUGGCGAUCAGAGUUUAGAACAAUAAAGCUGUACACGGGCACGUUCGUCUGUCAUGUGUCGGCGCACUUAUCGGCAACGCAUAGGAUCCUUGAACAACUGGGCUACAGGAAGCUAGCAUACAGCAGGGAUGUGUUCUACCUGCAUGGGCGCACUGAUCCAGAUGUGACAGCUACGGUGGCGUUCGACUGUUUUCUUGCAUAUGCAGAGUGCUGCAUUCAGAAAGAGAUAUAUUCCAGAACACGCCACCAAGGCUACUCUAUGACACAGGUAGUCGAUUUUAGGAUGCAGGUUUCAGGGGAUAGAACAGCAAGCGUAGCCUCCCUUCUACAGCAGCCACCGGUUAGGUUAAGGAAGGUCGGUUCGUUAAUUGCCAACGGAAGCCAUAGUUCAUCCUCAGAAUCACUCACAAAGCCUAUUGACCAGCACAUCGUCGCAGACACAAAACCUCCAACUAAUGAUAAAAAGACUCACCAGUCUGCUGACGGCAAGAAGUUUGUCGAGCCAAAGCGCACAAAGCCAGUGAAGGGCAGCUCUUUCCACUCCCUACGCAAAUAUAUAAACGGUGCCAAAAACAGCGUUCUUCCGAGGCAUCUGAAGAAGGACAUCGAAACAUCACAGUUGCCCUGCUCGCAGACACUGCCACCGCCACUGCCAGGGAAAUCGAGUGUCAUGCGUCCUCGUGCUUGCCAAAUGCUGUUGCUGGUGCACCCACAGGCAUCCGUUAGGGCACAGGCGAUUGGAGCAGCUCACCACGGCAACACGCAGAAGGCGGUCACGGCGAUCUCCCUGCAGCUCAGCAAGGCCUCAACGAUAAGUCGAGCGAGCAACGUUGUAGAAGAGAUGCGGCGGUCAGGGUCCCCAAAAUUUGCCCGCAGCAUUUCCGCCAAGUCGCAGCAAUCGAAGCCGGAAAUUUUUGUGGAUGGGCCAGGUGUUGACAGGUGCGCAGGCAAGUGGGUCAGCGUUGAAGCAGGGCUUACUGUCACCAGGCAGCCAAAUGUCUAUUCUAAUAGUUACUCCAACAGUAAUGAUGACGAUGACGCCCACAAUGCUUCAGGGAUGCCUCUACGUCAGUUCAUAGAUCACGAGGAGAAGCCAGCGCUGCACCACAUGCCACACACUUAUGAUCUCUCUGGAAUUCACCACAGCCUUCCCAGAAGUUACCGACUGGAGAGCAGGCCAAGCUACACAGAGGAACGACUACGCAAUGGAAGUAGGGAGCUUUCGGCCCCUAAAAAAUCUCAGCCAAUGCAGGGGGAAGCCAUGCCAUGGCAAGGCAUAGUGCCUGUUCCCUAUACAUUUGCCUCGGUAGUGAAUGGCUCAAAUGAUGCCAUAACAACUGACCGUGCAGCAUACAGGCAGGAGCGUCCUGAGUCGCAUCUCAGGCACUCCAAUGGGGAACUGAUAAGCAGCAAUGGCACCCUCAAUACGACUAGUCUUCUUGACGUGCACUGUUCUCCAUACUUGCGUCAUCAUAACAACGUUCACAGAGCUGGCACCAACAACGUGCCACCUUUAAGAGAUGGAAGGUUUGCAACCGAGGGUGAGGUCAUGUUGGCAACGCAAGUAUGGGACGGUGACAGGUGUGACAAGCAAGACCUAACUAGGCGGAGUUUUUAUGACAACUUGCUGGAUCUCGAUGACUUUCUCAACAUUGUGAACAAAAACUGUAGCAUUGAUGGUGUAGACCACUUUUUCCCAGUGGAGCGAGGGUGGACAUGCCCUCAGUGUAGGUGUACCAAUCCAGCAGAGUUACCCUCAUGCAAAAGGUGUGCCAGCAGGUGGGUAGACUUUCCCAGCCUGCACAACUGGAUUCCUUGUCCUGGAUGUGGUAAAAACAACCCAAAGGAGGCACUUACCUGCACCUGGUGUGAGAGUUUUCUUAGGGGGCGUUCCACCUACAUAUGACUGCGUACAAUCAUUUGUACAUUCAACCCGACUUUCUUUGUUAAUUAUGUGUUUUGCAUCGUCAGUGAUUCAGGGGUUUAAAUUUUGUUAUUUUGAUUGUUUGUAUUAGGAUGUUUAUAUUUCACUCUGUUAUGUUAAAUAUAAUGUCGAAUGAUGGGCAUGUUUGUGACGUCUACAAAAUCUUACUUAGCUCAAACUAGCCUUGAAGUGGAAAUAUGGAUGUGCCCACAUGCAAUGAUUAUGCCUGUAACAAGUGCCGACAGUUUGGGUUCAUGAAUGUUACAUUGUGUAUGCUGUUAUUUGUAUAUAUUAUAAAUAAGUUUAGCAAAAUAUCAGUUGAUUAUAAUUAAUAUUUGUUAGUAGAGAGGAACAUAUUACAUGCCAAUUACCAGGUAUUCAUUGGUCGUUUGCUAUGUAGUCUGUUAAAUCAAAAUGUACAUUUAGCUCCUGUCUGUGAUAAGGUCUGAGCUUGUAGCAGCUGGAAAUUAACAUGAAAAUAGACUACAUGCAAUAUGAUUGGAUUAACAUAUUGUAGAAGGCAGCUGGAUUCGUGGUAGAGCUAUCUAAUUGGUGUAGUGUUGGUGAGGAAGGCGCAUGACAGUCAGCGGCAUAUGUUGUGGUCCUGUGAUAUCUGGAAUGGAUGGCAGGUUUGUAGUGAACCAUAUGGAACUCAUUACAUCUCUGCAAAAAUGACAAGUGUAACAUUUAUAGGCAACACCAUGAAAUGAAAAACACAGCAGGUUUGAAGCAGCAUGUGAAUAGUACAGAAAGUAACAUUUGAUAUUUUUGUGGUCAUGAUUACAUCAUACCCACCAGCAUUUGGCCUGCUGUUACAAACUAAACGUCUGAUAUAACAAGGUGUAGCACACAUUUUCAUGAUUAUUUAUUCAGUUUUAUUGCGCACCAGCUCAUUAUUGUAUAUAUAUAAUUGUUAAGGAAGAUGGGAAGAAACGUUAUCAUGCCUACACUGUAAUGUUCGAAGUUAUUUACAUAUGCGUGACAAGAGUGCAGACCGUGUAUAGGAAUUAAAAAAAAAUAUAAGUUAGUUUCUAUCAUCUGCAUACAUGCAUGCAUGCAUGCGUGCGUGUGUUCAUAGACUCCCCACUGUGGAAAUGGAUGAAAGUGGAUGGAAGUGGACUUGGCAUCUAACUAAAAGUACACGUGCGCUGUUUUGGUUCGUUAGGUUUAGUUUAAUUUAGUAGUAAUUGGUUUUUUUCAGUGGCGGAUCUAGAGGGGGGGUUGCGACCCCCCGUUCAGCCACUGACUAAUGUUAUGAUACUAGUUAAAUGGGGGCACCCUAGCACCGCGUGCCUUCGGCACGCCUUCACGCAAAUAUCACCCCCCGCGUCUCCUGAUAGCUAGAUCCGCCACUGUAGUUUAUUAUAGAAUAUUGCAGUAAGUAUAGAGAUACGGGCUAUUUUCAUCUGGAUCUCUGCGUGCCUGUGUGGAACACGACGGUCACUUUUCGUUAGACGAGCCAUCUCGUAUGCACAUCAUGCAGAUGUUGAAAAUGCUUUUAAAACUAUGUCGUGACAUUAAUUAAGUACAGCUGUUUGAAAUAAUCAUGUGAUUAAAACAAUUAAAUAACCAAAACCAUGCUCAUACAGCUUUAUGUGA